AUGGUCUCUCCCAGAUCUCGGAGAUCACGCCCGAGCGUCGAUCACAUUGAAGAAUCCAAUUCCACCGCGAGCCUGUUCCUCGGUGGUGCGAGGAGGGCCUGGAUGCCCGGCGCCAGCCUUCCAGGGCCCGAUUGCCCUCAAAUCCGCGAUGCUCAGCCCGUGCUCGCUGUCGCUGAGGUUCCUCUCGCUGAUUCAAGGCCGCGGAAUACAUCAUUGUCCAACCCAGGCCCACAGGAAGCCGCGUUGGUUUCCCCCGUGACACCGGGGGUGACUUUAACAUCGGGGCCGACUUUACAACCCUCUGCUUCUUUGGCCAACAAACCCGAUACACCAACGGCUCUUCCUUCACCGGUACCCAGUACCAACUCCCACCCGAGCCACGUCGUGGCGCAUAAUCGCCCCUGCGACGUCGAUUUCCCGGCGCCGGACGGACCACCCGUUGCUGUGCCCCCAAACAGGCAAAGCGGACAAAGCGGACCUAGCGGCCAAAAUGCGGUGCCCCCAAGUCAGCCAGCGACAGUACCUCACCAAGACAUGUUGAUAACAACGGCCACGCCUCCGUGUGAACAAAAUGCGGAUCCAAGGUUACCGCUUCCACCCCUCACAAGUGGCCUCCCGGUUCAGUCUCCGGUGACGGAACAAACACCUGGUCAAAGUCCAUCGAUCCCCACGGUUGGACAAGGAAAUGCACCUGAAAAUGCGCUCCCACGGCCUCAACCGUCACAACCCGGUUCCCAGCCUUCAGGCCUAACCAUAGCAGGCGAUAAAACCUGGGCACAAUGGUCCGCGAGCUUGGCGCAUCUCAAAAAAGAACCGCGAGGAUGUCCCUCGCCACUCACUGGACCCAGAUUCGAUCUUUUAGAGGAUGCGUGCAAAUAUAAAGAUAUCCUCUAUCUGGUCCUCCACCAGGUAUACUGUCGACAGUCUCUCGACAACAGGUCCCCGUCUGAAUUCCCUGAGCUUAGUGAAAAAAUCUGCCAGGAAGGCAUGGUACGGCUACAAGAGCUUAUAGAACCCAACACGAACAUGUCCGAGCCAAUGGUCCGGAAAUUUGCUAGAUUUCCACAGAAUUUCGAAGAUUUGAAGCACCAGGCGUGGUAUCGUUCGACCAUUCAGGCAAUUUGUCUCUGCCUCUCGCGGAUGGCAACGCAUUUCGCCGACCUCAAGACCCGUCUUGACGAGGUGGCCUAUCGCCGUGGCUACCCACUGAUGGUGAGCGAGUUAAGAAGUUUUUUAAACACGACUUCGCCCGUACUCAUGACUGUCAUCUUUGUGUCCACAUGCCGACAUCUUUAUGAUCCUGAUACAGUGGAAAUGCUGAUUCCGUUAUUUCGGCAAGAUCUUCACGCAAGUUUGCAGGGCCGGGAAUCGACCGUGAUGCAAGCAUACAAGAAGAUCCUGUUAAGACCACGAUCAGUGCCGUUGACAGUUCCCAUCUCACAGCCGACCUUUUCUGCUCCAUCGUCUUCCAUGUCCCCGGAUGUACCCAAUCGUGUUGCCGGGUUGCCUAGGAGCGGUACGCAAUCUGCUGUAGGCAGCCCUGUGGGCUCCAUUCACUCGAAUCCACAAUCUGGCCAGAACUCACCCCGUGUUUGGUAUCCAGGGCGGUGGGUGCAGUACAAUCCCAUGCAGAUACAGCACCCACCUCAAAGCCAGGGUCAACCGGGAUAUUACGGUCCUAUGAGAACGGCUCACCAGGGUCUGGUGCAAAGUUCUCCUCAGGCGCAGAUGCAGCAGCCUGCUCAAGCAUCGGUGCCUUCCAACUCUCCCUCCCUCACUUCACAUUCAUCGCAAUCAUCGCCGCAACCACCGCCACCCGCCCACUCUCCUUGGAACGGCCAGAUGCCAACUCAACCUUAUCAGCAGCUCCCUCCCGGGCCUCCUGGUAAUGAUCCACGUCAGGGCUCGUCGACGCAAAGCCCUCGUACUCACUUAGGAGGACAACGGACCAUCCCACCACAGCAAGUCUCCUCUUCAGCCACAGGGAACCCACAAAAUCCAAGCUCUCGAUCUCAGCUUAGUGUGCCCUUCUUUCCUUCUCUUGACUAUCGGCUUCCGCAUGUGGUGCACCCAAAUCCAACGCAUAUGGCGUUGCAUCAAGCUGAUCUUCGCGAUCCAAUCAAGAAACUAGGCGAGUUUAGGCCGAACGGGGAGUGGGUUGAGCUAGAAUUGUUCCAACACCUUGGUGGUUUCGUGCUGCCGCCGCAACUCAUUGACCCGAAAGAGCUCCGCUACGACUUGCAGUUCUCUCUCUCAGAAACAGAGUGUCAGAGGCUUCCGUGUCUGCAGGAACGAAGUGACGGAAGACGUUCCAUUCAAACAAUUCAACCGGGUUGCAAUGUAAUUCGCUUGCGGUGCAAUGCCUUCCCUCCUCCCGAACAAGAAAACCUGGGGCGUUUCUGGCCGACGAAAAAUGGUGUUUGGCCCAGUGUGCUUUACAUCUUUGUCAACGGAACGGAAAUGUACGUCCGCCGAAGAGCUCACAACGGAAAAGACAUCCCCUUGGAUAUCUCCAAGCACCUUCGACCGGGCAAUAACACCAUAAUGAUCCACUUUCUGCUUGGGCCGGAUGAGUGUAAGGGUUUCAAGUAUGCUGUUGCUAUCGAGGCAAUGGAGGUCGGCAAGUUCGAGCAAGUGCGAGAUCUUGUAGGCAUCAGGUCGGCAGAAGAGACCCGCAUGAGUAUUCAGAAACGUCUCGUCCCGUCAGCGGACAGCGAUGACCUGGCUAUCGUGACCGACAGCCUGAAAAUCAGUCUCAUCGAUCCUUUCAUGGCACAAAUCUUCAAAUCUCCCGUUCGUUCCGAGCACUGCGACCAUUUAGAGUGUUUCGACCAUGAGACCUUCAUCAAGACUCGCAAGAAUGACUCUGGUCCAGCACCGAUGAACGACAAUUGGCGAUGCCCAAUCUGCAACGCCGACGCACGCCCUCAGCUGCUGCGCGUGGACAAGUAUUUCACCGCGGUACGCGACUAUCUUGUUGCCACCAACGAACUGGAAGGCGCACAGGCCAUCCAAGUCAAAGCAGACGGUACCUGGACUGUCCAGGCCGUGCGUGAAAAUUCGCCUACUGCCACACGCAGCCCGAGGGCGGACAGGUCUUCACUCCCUGCAACGGGCAAGCGCAAAGCAGCCGACGCGGAGGCGGGAUCGGAUGCAACACGUACCAAGCACGAUGGAUGUUCUCUCGCAAGUUCUCCCGCCAGAAGAACUGCCUCGCAGUCCGUCGAGCCAGUUGUGAUUGAGCUGGACUAA